AUGGUCCACCUAUUGUGCAAGUUGAAGAGUACCAAACAGGCCCUGAAAGUUUGGAAUCGUGAUUCUCUCAGGAAUAUCUUCAGCCAGAUUAAGGCCACAUCUGCGCGGGUUGAUAGGCUAGAGCAGGAGUCGAUUACCAGCCCAACAAUGACGAUUCUGUCCAAUCUGGAUUCGGAGAGAAGGUCGUUGCUCAAAGCUCAUAUAAGGGAAAUUAAGCUUCUGAACGGGACCACAACCGACGACCAAGCUCAGAUCAAGGCUGCAGCGGUAGAAUUCUUCAAGGGCCUAUUCGCUUCAGAGGAGGUUGCCUCGCUGGCCGAUUUCUUAUCCCCGAUCCCUUCGCUGAUCUCCGUAGAAGACAAUGCCUAUCUAAUGACCCAGCUAACAUUGGAAGAAGUAAAAUCUGCAGUCUCUGCCAUUCUAGUAGAUGGCGCUCCCGACCCAUACGAAUUUUUUGGUUCUUUCUUCUCGGCCUGCUGGAGUAUUAUUGGAGAGGACCUUCAUCACGCAGUCAAAUUCCUUUUCCAAGGAGGUAACAUUCCUAGAGCGUUCUCCUCAUCAUUGCUCUUUCUUAUCCUAAAGAUCCCGGUGCCUAGAUCCUUUUCUGAUUUUCGCCCCAUUAGUCUUUGUAACUGUAUAUACAAAGUGUUUUCCAAAGUGAUUGCAGCCAGGUUGAGUUCCAUCCUGCUAAGGAUUGUCUCGGCUGAGCAGAUGGCCUUCGUGCAGGGGAGAUCAAUUGCAAACAACAUCUCUUUGGUGUAG